AUGCCGGCACUUCGUCUGUGCGGUCGCAGUUGGCUCGUGGCUUUGGACGAUUUAGUCGUCCCAUCGUUCCUGCUUUCUUUUUUGCACGUUUUAUGGCUGUGCAUACUCGCGACUGCGUACGCGAAAAUGUCAAAGUCGUUGAAAGAGACGUGCGGUAAAGUCGGGGAGAAGGCGUUGGAUUGGGUGUUCGCGUCUCUGUCUUUAUUCUUUCUCGCGGCGAGUGUUGAGUUUUUGAUUUGUUUCGAGAGCUCGAAAGGGAAGAUAUUGGAACCGAACAAAAGGAGAAGAGCGAUACCGCUACUGAUUAUACACGCGAUUAUUUUAGUCGCGAUAGUAGGCGCGAUGGGGUACGGAGUCAAUCUGAUGAACGAAGAAGGUGGCAAGGAGUGUUACGAGACGGAAGGAGUGAACAAUUUGGUACUGACGGUCAUCGUCGGGAACUUUAUCGUAGUCGGUUUGACGGCGUUUGGCGUGUUUGCCAUGUUUUCCGCUUUCGCGCACUUAGAUCCCGAGGAAAGGUGGCAGAGGAUAUUUUCCAUCGUCGGGUGUUUGAUGUGCAUGGGGAGAGGUGGGAGUGCCACGUCUUCCAGUGGAAUAAUUCGGAAAGAUUCGGCGGCGGGGGAGGAUUUAGAAAGCAUCGAUGAAAAAAGCAGAGAACGAGGAGGGGUGACCGCGGGAAGAGGAGGUGGUAUGGGCGCCAUCGCGGAUUGUUUUAGCGAAAUAUUCCAGGGCGCUGAUUUAGUGCCGAGCGAUAUUAGUGCCGGUCUCGCGCUUUUAGCUAUACAAGACCGACGGAUGCUCAAGGAGGCACCGAAAGGGGUUCUGUUAAAACCGUCGAGCGCCGCGGCUGCGAUGGACGCUGCUUCAUCAUUCACUCCUUUGAAUGAAGGAGACGACGUCGAGCGUGGUGAAAUUGAAGCGUCGCUUUUGACAACAAACGAGUCGCCUCGAAGCGCCACUUCCUCUUCUGUAUUUUCUCAACGAGAAACGACGACGAUGUCGUGCGACGUGCCGAUUAAAUCUUCCGGGGAAAUGCUCUCGAAGACGCUCGAAGACAUGGCGCAUUACGCGAGAUGGUCGUUAGCGGCGUACGGCUGGACGUUAUACGCUUGGGCGCAUCCAUCGAAGGGAUUUAAGAUGGCGUUUUCGUUCAAAGGGAUGAGUCGCGUGUGCUGUGGGGCGUAUUAUAGGAAACAAAAGAGUAGGAAAAAUAUCGGCAGUGGUCGCGGUAGCAGUAGUAAUAGUAGUCGUAGUAAUAAUAAUAGCGGAGACGUCGUCGUAGAAGUGAGGGAAGAUGUGGAAGAAGACGAGGAAGCCGAGAAGGAGCGUUUGUAUAACUCUCGGCAAGACGUGACGCUCGAUCGCGCGGCGCUGAAAGCGUGCGCUGGAAUCUCUUCGCGAGAUAUCUUCUACAUCUCCACGAAGGAAGGCGUAGGUAAAGCGCCGUACUUCAUCGCACGGGACGUGAAGAAACGCUCGGUCGUUUUAUCCAUUCGCGGAACGCUUUCCAUCGCCGAUUGCGUCACGGAUGCCAUGUAUAAACCGACGGAGUUGGAUAUAAACUUGCUUGGUAAAGAUAUCGCGAGUAAAAAAUUCACCGGAUCGCAGUUGCACUGUCACAAAGGCAUCGCCGAGGUCUCGGAAUUUAUUUUUAACGAUUUGAACAGACAUCGCAUUUUGGACCAGGUCAUUCUCGGUGAAGAAGGCACGGCAGAAGGCGAUUCGAUUCCUGCAGAUGUUCUCUCGGAAUGUCGCGGUUGGCGAUUGGUGCUCACCGGACACUCGCUCGGCGGCGCGACGGCGUCAAUCGUGGCGCUCUUUCUGCGCGAGAAGUUCCCGACUGUGAAAGUCGUCGCCAUCGAACCUCCGGGAGGGUUACUCGGCGCAGAACUCGCGAAAGAAACGGAAAAAUUUUGCACUUCUUCCAUCCACGGACUCGAUGCCAUCACGCGUUUAUCCGGUCCAACCUUGUUAAAGCUUCGAUCGGAAGUCAUCAACGCGUUGGUCAGGUGUAAACUGAGUAAGUUUCAACUCCUUCGAAAACUGACGACUUCGCGAACUGCUCUGGUCGAAUCGGACGUAUUCAACGAUGACGAUACCGACGGCGCCUUACCUUCCGAAGCGACGAGCUUGCGUCAAAGUUUUAACGCUUUUUCCGAGCAGCAAAUCUCGUCCGAUCCAAAUAUGGCGGCGCCUUUAUACCCGCCCGGCGAGUUAUUGUACCUCCGAAAAGUCAAAUACUCUCCAAACGACGUGUCGUCCUCGUCUUCAAAGUCGGGCAACCGACGAAGGGUGAGUAAAACUAUCCGACAUUUCAACUACGAGAUUUGGAAAAUCGAAGCGAAAGAUCUCAUGGACCGCGGUUUUUUAGUCGGACCGUCUUUUUUCAUCGAUCAUUUCCCGGACACCGCGGCGGCUGUUCUCAGCGGUUUAGCCGCGUCGUUUUAUACAACCGACGCGGAAGCGGAAGAAGAACAAGAACAAGGAGAACACGAGCUCCCUGCGGAUGAUCAGACGGAUCAAAAGAGAAGAAGAAAAGCUGAACUCGUGUUAAACAGAAUGCGUUUGCCUAAAGACAAAGCGCACAUCGCGAGCGAUUUAGACCAUCUCGUCGACGACGACGUUUAA